AGGUAAUAUCACCACAUCCAGACUCCUUUUCUCGCAUCCCACUUCGGGAAGUCGUGACACAAACAAUCCUUGUUGACACCAGCACUCAGGCUCUAGUAGAGCGGUUUUCUUUUUUUGGUAUCAACAACUGGCGCAGAAGCAGAUCAACAUCGUCGAAAUAGGCUCCUUUCUUGACGAAAGCGAGACCGUCUUAUCUUCAUCGGAUCACUACUUCUUUUUGUUUGAAGUCACACCUCCUCUGUAGUAAGUUCUUCAGCAACAAAAAUGGCGCUCCAGCAGUCGCAGAUGAGCAUGGGCAGCACGCGGCGGCCGCACCGGUCGAUGUACGUGAGUAAGUCGGACAAUCUGCAUAUCAACUGUAAAAAUGUCUGGGUCUGGAAGAUUCUGACACUUGUCAUGCACGUUUUGCAUGAGCCAUGAUGUCUGUGAAGAUGCAUACCCUAGCAAUACAGAUUUUUUGAGGGCGUCUUGAUGCGUAUUCCGCAUGACAAAUGCCUUCUCAGCGUAGCAAAAAUUGCAUUUCCUUUGGUACUCAUGCAAUACAGAUUUUUUUGGAAUCCAAAUGCAGCAUCACAAGUUGCAUUCUUCCAGACCCAGACACUUUUACAUUUGAUACUGCACCAGGUCGUCUCCCGGAACAGCGGUAUGCGCGCGGACUCGGGCACUUUCGGGAAGAAUCCGCGGUUUGCGGCGAAGCGACUAAUGUCCCCCACCGGCGCGGACUCACCCUGGGGAAAGGCUUUCCUCGAGCACAACCGCUUCUUCAAGGAUCCGCUGGAAUCACAGAUUGGGUCCUGCAGUGGCAAGAAGGCCGGCUUCGGCUACGGCAGCCGACCCACGUACGUCCGCGGCACGCCAAACCUGGGACCAGGCACCUACACACCCAUCACCUCAGUCGCGAAGACCGCAUCCAGUUUGGACGGAAAAAAGUAAUGAAAUUGUGCUUGAUGGUGGUCGGUCUCGGUUUUCCUAUAUGAGAUCUUGGUCCUCGUCGUGUGCAGUAAGCUGCAAAAAUGUUGGGACGUGCUCUUCAGUGCUGUAUCUCUUAUUUCUCUAUACUGUGUUGAUAUGCUGCUGUAUGCAUAUCGUACUGAACGACAAUGCAAAAACAAAAUUAAUGUAUAAAUUCAGGUACUGCAAUGUAACUCUGAAGCAGCGAACGAAGGUGGUAGUUGGAGCGGUAAGUCCACACGAGGAGGCACGGAAGCCCGGUCCGGGCACGUACACACUACACUCCGACAUCAAUGGUUUGUACGUGACACGCGGCGACAAGAAGAACUGGGUCGGACCACCAGCGUAUAAUUGCAUCUAAUUUGAUGAUAUCAUGCGUGCCCGUGCUAAAAUUCUUCAUGAGCGUAGUCCCUCGUUUAAAAAAAUACUUCGAUUUCAUUUUCGAGCUACCACGAAUGUAGUCCUGUUUCAUCUCCGACUUUUUUCGUGCUUUUCAAUCCAAUGUGAAAUCCUACAGGCCAAAAAUGGGCAUGGCUUUGAAGGAAGUAAUCGACCUUGCUGGAGAUGCUUUGUACAAUGUAGCAGAAGACAUGGGCACCAAGAACGUCAACAAUUGGGCGGGAAAGUCUACUUUCGGCUUCGCAAAACUCGGAAGUAUCUGUUUUUUUGUUUGUUGUAGUGCAUCAUGUUGCAAUUGUUUCUGUUUUUGUUUUGUGGCGUCUGAUGAAAAAUCAAAGCGCGCCCCUCUUUUUUCUAGCGUUCGCUCGCGACACGAGUAUUGUCUGCAUGAUGAUGAACGGAGCUCGUGCAGUUGAAAACGAAAAGCGAUAUAUAAAUUUUAUCCUCCGCUGCAUGUAUGAUAAUGAUCCCCUAUCAAUUACAGACCCACACUCUUCCCAAUCUCCCGACGGCGAACUUUACUACUCGCACGUAAAGUUGACGGAGGACUACACGAAAGUUGCGCGCGCCAGUGGACUCGGAAAGGGCGAGCGACCCGUCCUGAACCCCGAGCAAACCACCGCGGGCCCGGCCAGCUACUUCCCCGUGGCUUCGUGCGCAAAGACCACCAGCCCGCUGGACGGGUUCACGGUCCGCAACCUCUUAUCAACUGCAAAAAUGUCUGGGUCUGGAAGAUUUCAUGUUUGUCAUGCUUGUCUGGCAUGACUCUUAAAUCUGUCAUGCAAGUUACCCGCCAAGAGCUUCGUUUUUCUGUGAUGCACAACCGCAGUUUGUGUUUGUCAUGCAGAAUAGGCAACACCUAGGGCUAGGAGCUCAGAAACUUGUCAUGCUGCGCCAGCAUUUGUAGCCUCAUCAUGAGACGCCACCCAGCGUCACAAGUUUCCAGACCCAGACAUUUUUACUUUUGAUACCUCUCCCCGGUCACCCAGUUCGGGAAAAUCAGCUCGCUGAAAAUGAUACCAAAUGUAAAAAUGUCUGGGUCUGGAAGAUUCUGAGAUUUGUCAUGCAUGUUUUGCAUGACCCAGGAUGUCUGUAAUGCACGACCGCGCAUCACAGAUUUUGAGCGGGCUUCCUGAUGCCUACUCCGCAUGACAAACGCCCUCCCCGCGUAGCACAAACUAGACUCCUCUUGCUGGUCAUGCAAUACAGAUUUUCCUAGAGUCCAAAGUUAGCAUCACAAGUUCCAAUCUUCCAGACCCAGACAUUUUUACAUUUGAUAAAUGAAGUCCAUGACCAGCAUCGCACCCUCGAUGAACCGCACCAUCACUCCCGGCGAGUGAAGAAGAUCAAGCUGCUCCGGACGUUUGGUAAACGUGGCACAUAGCCGCGCAAACGACGGAGAAGAACGCGGAAACAAAAAGACAGUUGAUUUAUUCUUGGCCUCAGAAUUUAUUGUGUUGUUGAUGGAUGAAGGCACGAAAGCGGUGACUACAAAUUUCAUCUGAUAUUAUGCUAAUUCGGAAAUUAUUACAAUCGGACCAUAUACUUCUAAGCAGGUAACUAACAAAUCUCAACAUUAUCGAAAGAAAAGAACCCUCAGUAUCGUCUUGAUGUAGCUUUUCUUUGUUCGAAUUCAAUUUGACCAUGUACAUAGUUUUCUUGUUUCGUGACAACUUUCACAUGUAAAUUAUUUUGCGCGCCCGAUGGUGGCUGUACAAUAAAUAAGGUAAACUCAACAUUUUCAGUUCUUGUAGAUCAUUUGGACUUGUUAACUUGUUUUGCCCUGUUAAUAAAUAUUUCUGUAUUUCUUCAUGUACACAAACAAAAAACCGAUAAGAAUACGCCACUAGGAUGCAUCGGACUAUUCUUCAAAUGCUGCGUUGAUGUUGUGUUGAGUUAAGCUGUAUGCACUUACCUAACGUGCAAAGCAAAGGAAGCCGCUGCAACUUGUUGUGUGUUUUGGUACUGAGCAGGGGCGGUGUGGCUGAUGUCGCUUUUCAUUGUCCGACGUCGAGACCUUGACCUGAGCGCAGCGUAAGGCAUUUGAAUUCAACAUGAACACGAGCAUCAGAUCACGAGCGAAGGCAUACAACAGGACUAGAUCUUCAUGCACGCGGGAGAAAUCUUAAUCUCAAUCUUUGACGAGAGCUGUCGCCGUGACACGCGAGAAUGCAACCACCUAACAUGCUGCACAGUAGAGCCUUGCAGUAGCUUCCAAGGCGCCGCGGCAGCGGCACGAC